GAGAGAGGAGGCCAAGGAAAUAGAAGCGCGAUGAGCAUGGGCUUGACAGCACAGCGCACUGAGGAAGAGGGAGGUUGGGGUUGCGGAGCUGCAAGUCGAGGGUGAAAUGGAGACGAAGUGCGUAGAGCAACGAAUGGUCAAGACGCAGAGAGAAAGGCCGGAAUCAGGCACCAAAAGCGGCACCGGGUUUUCGAGGGGUGGGGUGCUGUAAGUCAAGUAACUCUUGUGCCAGAUGUCUGCGCGCAAUGCACGCGCCUAGCAAUCGCUCGCAGUGAGAGCGAGACAGAGGCUCCGAGAGAGGAGAGGAAAGUACUAGGGAUCCAACGCGAAGCAAAGCGAGCAAGCAAGGAGAAAGAGAGAGAGAGAGAGAGAGAGAGAUUUGUCUCUGGCUCUCCCCUGCUUUAGUGAAGGCGAGGCAAGGCCAGGUAAGGGAGUCUCGAGCAAGGGAGGCAGGCUAGCCGUCAAUCAGUCCUGCCCAGGGACUCCAGCCCCAGUCAGUCACUCCGUCCGUCAGCUCAUUCAUUUGCGCUCGAGGUGUGGCAUUGCCCCAUCUUCACCGUAGCCCACCCAAAUCUCGGGCAAGGCAAGGCAUGCAAGGCAGGCAAGCAGGCAGGCAGGGCCAGGCAAGGCAAGCAGACAGUCUGCCGUGAGGAGGAUUUCAAAGGGGAAGUGAAGGAGGACGGGGAUUGGAAUAGGAUCCGAUUGGGAGGAUUUCCUCAGCUAGCUAGCUGCACUACUUACUUACUACUUACUGGGGUCUGGUGGGUGUGUGUGUUGUGUGUGGUUACAAAGCUUCGGUGGGGAUUUGGGCACAUUCUGGUUUUCCGGCUGGCUGAUGAUGCCGUGCUAUUGCUGGCGGUGGGGCGAAUAGAAGUAUUUGGAAAGAGGCCAGCAGCCUGACGGGAUUCUGAGUUCUUUCUUAGCGAAAGCGGAGGAGAUUUGAGUCGCAGGAAUGGAACAUCGGGCUCAGGAUAAAAGUUUGUGCGGAAGGCUGGUGAAGGUUUUUGCACUAGGAUUACAUGCGUCAUCAAAAUGGUCUCGAGUCUUCUCUUGCUACUCAACGAAAUCCUCUCAAUAAACACGAAAUGCAAGUUCUGCACUCAGAUUUCUACCCUCUUGAUAUCAGAUGUAUCAUCUCCAUAUCGUUCCAGAGCCCUAUACAUGUUGUACAGCAAGUGAUUUAAAAGGAAGUUACUUAGAAGCUGCUAUUUAUGGUGUGAAGCAAUUUCGCCUGCUGCUAGAGCAGAUGGAGACGUGAAAGGAGAAGAUCGGCGUCGAAGAUGUGGUUUGUCUCAGGAGGAUGCAGAUGCACUCAAAUGAGUGAGCUACUGUAAGAACGGCCUGUUUGUGAACCAUUUUGGCCUUGUAAAAGACAUACAGAGAGAAUGGGCAAGAACAUUCUUUGAGAUGUGGACUACGAUCCCCGAGGUCUUUCCCUUUUUCAAAAGGGAAAGAUCUAAGUCUCACGACAGAUUGGAUGCAUCAGCACCGCCGUCCCCGAGGCGUAAUCCUGCAUUGAGAAAGUCGACUCGUUCUCAACCGACGCUUCAUGUCACGAUGGACAAAUCUGCCUAUAGGCCAGGGGAUCUUGUUGUGGCGACAAUCGAUGUGCGGAACGAUGGGCCCACGGCAAUCAAGGCAGGAACUAAUGCUUCGAACAGGAGCUUAUUGGAUGCAGUUUUGAUGGAAGAUUUAUUGGUGGAGGUGAAAGGCAUUGAGAGGGUUGAUCCGCAAUGGCUUGUGACUCCCAAAGCACCUCCUGGUUCCAAGCAACGCAGAGGAGAGCGCACCAUAUUGGAAUCGUCAUCCACGUCGAUUAUCUCCAAUGUCAUGAUCGGCCUUGGUGAUAACAAAACUUAUAUGGUUAGGACUAUGCUCCCUAGAGUUCUUCCACCUUCAUACAGGGGCACUGCGGUGCGAUAUAUUUUUUUUAUCACCGUUAGCAUGCGGUGGUGCUACUCAGUAGUUGAAAAUGGGCAUGGUGGACACUCUCCUCAAAUGAGCAUGUCUCCAGUGGAGGUGCGAACUCCAUUUCAAAUUUGGACCCUUCCAAGUAGCAGUGGUCUUACCGCUGAUGAGUUGCAUUCUAAGGAUCACUAUGGUUUCUCGGGCAUUGUCCCUCCCUCAGCAAUUAAGGUGGAAAUUCAAUGGAGAGAGAAAGAUGAAUAUUCAUAUUGGGCUCAAGCAGCAGAUGCUUCAUAUUCGCUAGAUGAUGACAAAAUUAGCAAGCGGUCUGAAAGCUCAUCAAGUAGUCCUGUGAAAGGGAAUAUGGAACGUUCCUAUGAGGAUGGACUACUCAGUGCAUCUCCUGUUAUCACUCCAAGAGAACACAAUGGGCCCAAUGCAUCCUUAAGAAAGGCACUCUCACAUUCUGCACUACCAGCAGCCUACCUAUCUGAAAGACAAGAUGCACAGGAGGUAUUGUUGUCUAGUUCUUUCGAUAAAAGGCUAGGAAUUUGGGAUGGUGCCUCGGAAGGCUCAGGUUCAUUUGAAGCAGUAGCAAGGGGUAGAGACGGACUUUUAUCUGGUUAUGAAAACGGAAAUGAUCACGGAUAUGGUGGAGGAAGAGAGGACGAGAGAGGGCUUUCUCCACCGUCAUCUCCUUCAAUGAAGUACCUGCGAGGAAAAACUUACAAUAUCAGAAUCAAUGAUCAAGUUUUAGUUCGAUUUGGACCAAGAAAUCCUCAUUCUACUUAUUAUUUUGGGGAUACGGUUUCUGGAACACUCUCUUUCCUGCGUGAAGAAGGUGCAAGGCGUUGUUUGGAGGUCUCUGCUGUUCUGGAGACCCGAGAAAUUCUAAAUCCUUCGUAUCUACAUCCCUCUCGAAAAAACUCGUCAGUGAUCAGUAAGGUUCAAUCAGAGUAUUUUGAGACAGUUUGUGACAUGCUUAACUCGCAUUUUAUCUUUUCAGUCCCUUUGGACGGCCCUGCCUCAUUUAGCACUCCCUUGAUUUCCGUGCAAUGGAUCCUCCGCUUUGAGUUUGUGGCAUCUCCUCCUAAAGUGGACUGGAGUAAAUACGCACAUCCUCUUUUGAUAGAAGAAAGAGAACGAGGAGAAUGGUCGUUGCCUAUUGUAGUUCAUGCCCCCUUGCCUCCUCGGGCAAAAAAAGAUGCCCCUAUGUCCCCAGAGAGGAAAGUACUGCCAGGGAGAGAUGCAACCUCUUACACCUCUCCGACAACAAGGGAAGGCUCACCUGUAAGACUAAGAGACAGGGCUUCUUCCUCCAGCAGUUUCUAGGCUAAUGGCAAUCAGUCUUGUUUAUUUCACAUAUGAUUUUCUCAUCCUGCGUCUCCUUUCUUCUUUGAGAACCCUAGUCUGGUGUGUCUAUCAAGUUUUUACAGCAAUGCCUAAUUUCUGUGCUGUUUGAAGGGAGGGGGGACUUGGCUGAAUUCCCCGCGGUCACUAGUUUACAUUAAAUUACCAUUUGAUGCUACGUCCGUUACUUUUAGUUGGAAUAAACUUUAGCAGGACACGGCCAUUUUUGCUUCUCUUAGUGUGACUCCUCUUCUAGCACAGAUUGCGGUUGCAUGAGAUGACGAGCAUAUUGAGGAACAUUUUUAGACACCAUUCGGAUGGGGGCAGUGCAGAUUGGGGAGUCUUUCCUUUUCUUCAGUUAUCGCAGUCCUUGCUAAACUCAUUCUUGGUAAUCAAACCUGAGAGUGACGAUAGUCAAGACAGGUGAAAGGAACUUAAGUCUUUCUUUGUACUAUAGGCUAUGAGCAUUGUCCUCAUAUGAGUUCUUAAUUCAAAUUCAUGCUCACCGUGGAUCUCUUUUUUAAGGUGUUCCAUGAAUAUGAAUCUCCACCCCUUGCCGGUAUAUUUCUUGGAUAUUGUUAGACUGGCUCUUGUGUUGGGCCGCCAGGCUUCCAUGUCCUUGCCCAUGCCAAAGGUUGCGACUGGUGGCCACAAGAUGAGUUCUUCUGAAACGAGAAAAUCAGCGUCAGAUUUUAAGAAGCCGAGAUAGUUCACGCAGCACCUGCUGAUUACACUUUGAUCAAGAACUUAGCUUAAGGGCUUGCAUCUGAAACCGAAUGGCUUCUCACUGAGGACAGUAUGUAGUACACACCCUAUUGUUAGCUUGUCAUGAACAAAUUUACAGGUUGAACUUUCCUCUCCAUCAUUUUUCACUUUUUCCUGUCACUGAAGCGAGGUUUUGUGGAAGUUCGGGCUGUCGUUUCACGGGUAUACGUCUGUUGAGUUGGCUAUCAGAUUUGUUGUCUCUCACUGUCUACUUCUCACCAUCUCUUGGGCUUGUAAUCAUCUCCAUAAACAACCAAAUUACGUUUGCGUAAGUAAGCGC